UUAACAGGGAUUGUUUUCCUUCCCUUUUUUGGAAGUCUCUGGCUCAUCUUUCCUUUGCUCAAGCCUAAUGGUCUUCUCUGCCACUAUAUUUUCUUCUUGGUUAGCCUUAUCUCCUUCUUGGUUUUGUUCUUUGGCCUCUUGCUCCUUUAAGCUUUUCCAUAUUUGACAAAUUUUUUGCUCAUGAUCAAUUCUUCCGCAAAUAAAGCAGAUUUGAUGGAUUCCUUCAUAUUCUACUUGAUACAUUUUGCCAUUGACCAUGUAUUUUCCCAUCAAAGGCUUAGUUAGUUCAACCUCCAUACAAAGUCUAGCAAAUUUACCUCUACAUAAGUGUGAUGUGUUAUAAUCAACUUUGCAAGUUCUUCCAAUGAGAUCCCCUAUUUUUCUUAAAAUUUUAUCAUUGUAGAGCUCUAUAGGAAGUCCUGGUAAUCUGAUCCAUGCGGUAAUUUUGUCUAUAGAUGUCACGAGGGGAUUAAAAUUGGGUUCCGAGAGUCUGACCGCGAGGUAAUGGUUGUAGAUCUUCCAUGGUCCCUCCAAUAGAGCAUGAUCUAAAUCCUCUUCUGCAUAGAACUUGACCAAGUAGAACUCAUUACCCAGGUCUAUAACGUCUAGGUCUCCAAAUCUAACCCACAUUGUCUGUAUUCUCCUUUUCAUGACAGCAUAGCUAAUUUUCCUUCCCAAAAGUUUCACAAUCAAAGAUUUCCACCAAGGCUUCCAUAGUUAUUUCUUUGCACUUUCAUUGAUCACGAUGUUGAAAAGACCGUCCCACAUAUUGACUACUUCUAUCUCUGGUUUUCCAGCUUUCUUUUGAAUUUCCUCUCCUUCAUUUUCUUCUUUUGUUUCUAGGACAGUAUCCUAGAUAUUGCCCAUAUCCUUCUCUUCAGAUUUUCCAUAAUUUUCCAUCGAAUUUGGAGCGUGUACCGCCUCCGUUACCAUGUCUGAAUAAGUUCUGGUUCUUCCUGUUUCUUCAAUCUGUUCCAUCCAAUCUUCAACUCGCGGCACAAGAAUUGUUGUCCUUGAGAAGCCUUCUUCUCCUUUUUUAACUUUCUUGUUGUUUCCUUGUUGCAGGUCUCGGUCUUGGGGCUGUGGGUCAUGCUCAUUUGGAGCCCUUUCCGGCUGUUCAUUGCCGGCCAUGAGCCUCUGGUUGCAGGCAAAAGACACGAUUGUACGGAGAGAGAAAUGUGUAAAAGUGAGAAGUAGUUGUUGCAGCUAAGAUGAGCGAAGAAGAUGGCAAUAAUAACGUUGACUACUCACAAAGGGGUCAAUGGCUUCGAGCAGCAGUUCUAGGAGCCAAUGAUGGGUUGGUCUCAGUUGCAUCAUUGAUGAUGGGUGUAGGAGCUGUUAAGAGAGACUCCAAAGCCAUGUUACUUGCUGGCUUAGUGGGAUGCAUUGCAGGAGCAUGUAGCAUGGCACUGGGUGAAUAUGUUUCGGUUUCAACUCAGUAUGAAGUUGAAGUUGCUCAAAUCAAAAGGGACAUGAUGAUGAUGAUGGAGAACAAGAAUGAGAUGGAGAAAAAGAGGAGGUCAUUGCUCCCUAACCCUUUGCAUGCUGCUUUGGCAUCAGCAUUGUCAUUUACUGUAGGUGCAGUCAUUCCUUUGGUUUUCACUGCAUUUGUGAGAGACUACAGGUUAAGGCUUGGGUUGUGUGUGGUGGUGUCUAGCUUGUUUUUGGUGGGGUUUGGAUGCUUGGGUGCUGAGUUGGGACACACACAUAAGGUUAAGUCCUCUAUCAGGAUCCUUAUUGGGGGCUUGUUGGCUAUGGCUAUCACUUUUGGGUUAACCAAAUUAGUAGGCUUUAGUGCUAAUUUGGAAUUGUGAAUCUAUCUUUGAAGAAUCAACCAUGAUAUGCUGUUGUUGUUGUUCCUCCUUGUCUUUAUUCAAUAAUAAGGUAUGCAUUAUUGGAGAAUGAAAUGUUUCAAUUAGGUUAAUUACUUUGCCUUAUUCACUUUUCUAGCUACAAGCUUCUACUUUUACAUUUGUUGUUUUCAGAAAGAGGACUCAAGUCAAGGCUAAGCGAAUAUACUUGUCAUUUUCACUUCUUCUAGUUAUUACUUGUUAACAUGUUAUGAUGUUGUAAAAGUAAUUUAUUUUAUUGAUAUAUUAAUGAGGGUAUGACAAUCAA